AUGAAGUCUAUAUUACACAUACUCCUGUUACUUCUUUCAUUCGGUAUCGCAAACGCACAAUGGUCACAACCGGUAAGAAGAGCACUAGAUCCAUCAAUAGACUUGAAUCGGACGCCAUCCCCGGAACGAAGUGCUAGCCUAAACGAGCCACAAGAACCUGCUUUACAGUCCACCGUUGAGGACACAGCAACGACAAAGAAACCUAAAACGGCCAAAGCAUUAAGGCCAAAAUCAAGUGGAAAGCGUAAAUUGUAUCCUACAAAACAUCAAAGGUUAAGACAAGCUUAUCUUAAUCGAUUUGAACUACAUCCAAAUGAUGAAGAAAAGAGAAAAUCGAUCGAAGAAGAUUGGCAAAAGAGCGUAGAAGAACGACGGUUGAUUCAUCGUCGAAGUCAACAACGCAGAUGGCAACGUAUUCGCGCAGGAAAUCCGACAGAAGCUGACUUACGAGCCAAGAAUAGAGCACAAAAAGCUACUGACAAACAAGGUUUGAGUCCUUCGCUAGAUUUAAGAGUAAAUGAUGAUAUCCCUGAUCUGAAUGUCACUCUAUCUCCAGAAGACGAUAAUGAUGUAGGGAAUGUCGAAGAUAUGCCUUCCUACACUCCAAGUCAGUCACCAAAGAAUAAUGAUGAUAGUGCUAAACCGACGAAGAAGAGAAGACGUGUGGAAGUGCGCAGCGCGGAUACAAAGCGUCGUAAAGCCGAAUAUGAGAGGAAACGAAGAUUAGCAAAGAAGUACGAAUACGAAAACAGAUUUAGUCUUGGUAAAAGUACAGAAGAAAUUGCAGCUAUCGAAAACGCAAUGACAGCAAGUAAAGCAAAGAAGAAAGCCUAUAGACACGAUUAUAAUCGGCGUAUAUGGAGUCGAAUCAAAAGUGGACAGCCAACAGCUGCUGAUCUAAUACUGAAAGAAAAAGGCCGUCAAAGGAAGGCAAAAUGGGAUAAAGAACAUCCUGAAGAGAGCAAAGCGCAAUGUCAACGUUGGUAUUAUGCAAAUCUAGAAAAAGCUAGAAUGAAACAACGAAUAUACAGGCUGAAAAAGAAAAAUGCCAAUCAACUUCAAUCCCCCAGUGCACCAUCAAGGUGA